UUCAGUCGAAUGUUUGCAGACGAGGCGAACGAGUCCUUUUGUCGGCAAAAUAGGAAACCAAGUGGAAUCGGGACGGAUCAAAGGCUAAGUCCCAUUGUUUUUUGUUCGUAUCGGAAUUCAGUGAGCAUCUUCGGUACAUAUUUAACACUCCGGAAACCCUUCUAGUGCACAAAAAUAUGACCAGGUCGGACCUGAACUGCGGAAAAUCAAUAAGCCCACUUGGCGCGAGUUUCUCGCGAACAACUUGUUGAUAAAUGUGGAAAUCGUACCUGGAAAGUAACUCAAAUUUCGUCGUAGCCUCGAACAGUAAUUUCGCCGGACCGUCAUCGUCGCGUGCAAUUGUUCCCAAUCAGAAUCGGAAAACUCGCAACAGUGACGACGGCAAAAGCGGCGGUAAUUUCUCAAAUGGAAGCCCAACCGUGGAAGCGGAUUUCCAAUUCUCUGAUAAUCUGGUGAGUCCUUGUACGCCGGUUCUGUUCUCAACUAGUCGCGGUCUGCAGCUUCGCACCCGGCGAACGUGGCGCACUUUCGGCGCCGAUAACGACUGUCGUGAUAAUUACUGUGUUCAGUUCUGUGAUCUGGAGAGAUGGAAUACGAACCGAGCGCACGUCCUGAGCAUUAGCGAGGACAACGAGCACAUGUUCGCGGACACAGAUACGAAUCGUACGCGGUCGGUGCGCUUUGGUUUGGAGCGCGGCUCAUCCAAUCUAUCAACCACGGGGAAUCACUAACUUCGAAUUGAUUUUCGAAAUUGCUUACAGAUGCAGUCUCGUCUCCUAGUUAUUAUUUGGCGAAGGAAAUUAUCAAUCAUAUUAAUCGGUGGCGCCGUUGUCUUGUUCGGUCUCUGGUCGUGGGCUUUCUACAACACCACGUACGCAUCUGGCAAGGAUAGAGUGUUUUCCAUUGGGAUUGAAGCGGGCGACAAGCACGGAUAUCUUCUGCAAAAACUAAUCUCACAGGCGAAUCGUGUAAUACAGCGUCAAUACGAUUAUUCAAAUACAAAUGCAAAUCCAAACACUCGACCGGUUCAUGUGAAAUUCAUAAAGCCAACUAUAGCUCAGGCAGCACCGGUGGCGAGAUUCAAAUUGCCUCCCGAGGAAUACCUUUUUGAGGGUGAGCGACUGAAAAUGUUACAAAAUCAACAGAAGAAUAAGGAAGAAGUGAUGGAGGAAGACGAUGAGACAUCAGCAGAACGACAAUCUCAAUACGAGCAUGAUUUGCAGCGAAUGGGAGUGCCUGUGAUUGCAGGACUUGGACCGACUGGUCCACGACCGCCAAAAAAUCGUUUGGUACAUUUGGACUUGAAAGGCGCCCCGCCAAAGUUAUCGUUUCUGAAGCGACUGCUACCAAUUUUCAAAUCCCUUGGAGCGACGGGGCUUCUAAUCGAAUACGAGGAUAUGUUCCCUUAUUCGGGACCAAUUGAAAGUAUCCGUGCGGAAAAUGCAUACCGAGCUGAAGAUCUCAAGGAAUUCUUGCAAACAGUCGCUUUGCAUGACCUUCACGUCAUGCCGCUCGUUCAAACGUUCGGUCACAUGGAAUUCAUACUGAAACUUCAAGGAUACGAACAUAUGCGUGAAGUUCCUGAAAGUCCACAAUCGAUUUGCCCCAGCCAAAUUCAAUCUAUAAAUUUUCUCGAGGAGAUGAUUUCGCAAAUCGUAAAUUUCCAUCUUAAGAUCUCAUCGUCCAACUCGUCGACAUCCUCAUCGUCAUCGUCGGCGUCGUCCUCGUCCUCAUCAUCUUUAUCCGGAACGAAAUCACAGCCAACUUUGAACUCUGAUAUAAUGCUAUUGCCCAAUUUCACGCAUAUACACAUUGGUUGCGAUGAAGUGUAUCGAAUGGCGGAAUGCUCGAAAUGCAUUUUGCGCCCUCGUAAUGAACUUUUUCUAUCGCAUGUAACGACAAUUGCAUCGUUCAUAAAAAAGAAAUGGCCUCAACUGAAGACCGUUAUAUGGGAUGAUAUGUUGCGUGAUAUGACCCUUAGCGAUAUGCAAAUGUCACAUAUUGGUACUUAUGUGGAGCCAAUGAUUUGGGUUUAUGCCAAUGACAUUUAUCGAUUCAUUCAACCUCAUUUAUGGGAUAAGUAUUCGAAAGUGUUUGCCACAGCUUGGGCUGCAUCAGCCUUUAAGGGUGCCUUUGGGGAGAGUCUAAUGAUACCUCCCAUUCAGAAACACUUAGAAAAUAAUUUACGAUGGCUGGCUGUUAUUGCGAAAGAGGGAACAAGGUUCUCCAAAGGAUUUCAAGGAGUUGCCUUAACUGGUUGGCAACGAUACGACCACUUUGCGGUUCUUUGUGAACUCUUGCCAACAGCUAUGCCGAGUCUAAUCACAUGCCUGUCGACCAUGUCGAGAGGAUAUUUCAAUGUGGAAGCGAAAGAUAAUGCAAUUUUGAAUAUCUUAGAUUGUCCAAAUCGUCCUGAUGGUCGCCGUUCAGGGCGACCAUGGAUCGAGUUUCAGACGUUAAACCACAACCACAUAUUUCAAACUUGCUCGUAUCCUGGCAGCGCCGUUUACAAAUAUAUGCUUCAACUAUUCGAAAAGUUGCACGAAGUCGCAAAUUAUUUGACUCAUGUUCAGACAAGGUCAGCCUGGAUGUCGGACUAUAAUGUUCGACAUAAUUUCAGUUCACCAAUUCGCGUUCGGGAGUUGAUCUCAAGCACGCCGCACUACAUAGAGGAUCUUUCGUAUUUCGCCAGACAAGCUCAUAAAGUUUUCGAUGACAUUUUCGAUGAGCAUACCAUCGCAGAAUUCAUCGAACAAAAUAUCUACCCUUUAAUGGAGCAACUGCAUAAACACGAGGAAAGUGGUCGAGCAUUAUUGACACGUAAAACUUGGCCAAGACGUCCCAUACCUUACGAUCGUAAUCUUACGCAAUUGAAUCUAUUUCACAAAUCAGCAGAUAUGAAUGAAUAAAAGCGAAGGAGGCAAAUAAAUUAUAAGAUUUCAAGUCUAAAGCGUUAAAGUCAAUUUUCAAAUCUUGUUAAGUAUUAAUGAUAACAAUAAUUUAUAAAGCAAUGCAUCUACUAUUACAAUGUUGUAAAUUUUAGAGGAACGAUGUGAGAAAAUUGUGUUAUUUUUACAUAAGAUAAAAAAUUUAUUAGAUAUUAUGACGUAAUAAACGGUUUUGCUACUUGAAA